AUGAGUUUUAGUAUACAAUAAUUAUAGUUGAUGUUUGAGGAUAAAGAUAAAAGUGAACCACACACACCAAUGUUUAAUGGAAAAGCAGGUUCUUUAGAUAAAUUUGAUUUUCUUAUUUCAUAAAUCGAAGAAUUGAGAUUAUAAAAUAUUGAAUUUCAAAAUUAAAUCUAAGUUCAUUAGAAUGAAUUAAAUUUGAAAAUAAAGAAUAAUGAUGUAAUAUAAACUUAAAUCAAAGAAAUUGAAAAAUAAAUAUAAAAUGAAAUUAUUGAAAAUAAAUUAUUAACUUUUAAUUACAUAAAAAAACACGAAGAUUGUUUUGAGAUAAAAAAAUAAAUCAUAAAUACUAACAAACAAUAAUAAAUAGUCUCAAUUCCAGAUCUAAACAAUCCUAAUAGACCCUCAGAUUGCUCCACUGCUCCAAGUCCUGGGAUGAAGGUUUAAAUCAAAAGAGCUUAUAAAAAGGGUUCUAGUGUCAUUUUUAGUGACUUUUGA